GCCAGGGCGCGGUGACGUGUCGGCGGCACCGCCCGGCCCGGCACGGGGCGGGACCGGCGGUACCGAGCCGGCCGCGGCCCCGCAGCCCCGCCAUGUUCAACGUGGAGAGCCUGGAGCGCGCCGAGCUGGGCGAGAGCCUGCUCACCUGGAUUCAAACAUUUAAUGUUGAGGCACCAUGCCAGACCGUGGAAGAUUUAACGAGUGGGGUUGUGAUGGCCCAGGUUCUUCAAAAAAUCGAUCCAGCUUAUUUUGAUGAAAAUUGGCUGAACAGAAUCAAAACAGAAGUGGGAGAUAAUUGGAGGCUAAAGGUAAGCAACUUGAAGAAAAUUUUGAAAGGAAUACUGGAUUACAACCAUGAGAUUCUAGGGCAACAGAUAAAUGACUUCACCCUUCCUGAUGUUAACCUGAUUGGAGAGCAUGCUGAUGCCGCAGAGCUUGGGAGAAUGCUUCAACUUAUUUUGGGAUGUGCUGUGAAUUGUGAACAGAAGCAAGAGUACAUCCAGACCAUAAUGAUGAUGGAAGAAUCAGUUCAACAUGUUGUCAUGACAGCCAUUCAGGAGUUGAUGAGUAAAGAGUCUCCAGUCUCUGUUGGAAAUGAUGCUUACAUUGACCUUGAUCGGCAGCUGAAGAAAACUACAGAAGAAUUAAAUGAAGCACUUGCAACAAAAGAAGAAAUUGCCCAGAGAUGUCAUGAGUUAGAUAUGCAGGUUGCAGCCCUUCAAGAGGAAAAGAGCAGCCUGCUUGCUGAAAACCAGAUUUUGAUGGAACGUUUAAAUCAAUCUGAUUCCAUUGAAGAUCCCAACAGUCCUGCAGGUCGUAGACACCUGCAGCUGCAGACACAACUAGAACAGCUCCAAGAGGAAACAUUCAGAUUAGAAGCUGCAAAAGAUGACUAUCGAAUACGCUGUGAAGAACUAGAAAAGGAAAUUGCGGAAUUGAGACAACAAACAGAAGAGCUUACUACACUGGCAGAGGAGGCUCAGUCUUUGAAGGAUGAGAUAGAUGUACUCAGGCACUCUUCUGAUAAAGUAGCCAAGUUAGAAAGCCAGGUAGAAUCAUACAAAAAGAAAUUGGAAGACCUGGGUGAUUUGCGGCGGCAAGUGAAGCUUUUAGAAGAGAAGAAUACAAUGUACAUGCAAAACACUGUGAGCCUGGAGGAAGAACUAAGGAAGGCCAACGCAGCACGCAGUCAGCUGGAAACAUACAAAAGACAGGCAGUUGAACUACAAAACAGGUUAUCUGAAGAAUCCAAGAAAGCUGAUAAAUUAGAUUAUGAAUGCAAACGACUGAAAGAAAAAGUAGACAGCCUCCAAAAAGAAAAAGAUAGAUUAAGAACAGAAAGGGAUUCUUUGAAAGAAACUAUUGAAGAACUUAGAUGUGUACAAGCUCAGGAGGGUCAACUCACCACUACAGGAUUGAUGCCUCUGGGAAGACAAGAACCUUCAGACAGUUUAGCAGCAGAAAUCAUUACUCCUGAAAUAAAGGAGAAACUCAUCCGCCUUCAGCAUGAGAACAAGAUGUUAAAAUUGAACCAAGAAGGUUCUGACAAUGAGAAGAUUGCCUUGUUGCAGAGCCUUCUUGAUGAUGCAAACUUACGGAAGAAUGAACUGGAGACAGAAAACAGAUUGGUAAAUCAGAGACUUCUGGAAGUACAGUCCCAGGUUGAAGAACUACAAAAAUCUUUGCAGGAUCAAGGUUCAAAAGCUGAAGAUUCAGUUCUUCUGAAAAAGAAACUUGAAGAACAUCUUGAGAAGCUCCAUGAAGCUAACAAUGAGCUGCAGAAGAAACGAGCUAUUAUUGAAGAUUUGGAACCAAGAUGCAACAACAGUUCACUUAAAAUUGAAGAAUUACAAGAAGCUCUACGGAAAAAGGAGGAGGAAAUGAAACAAAUGGAAGAACGAUACAAAAAAUAUUUGGAAAAGGCCAAAAGCGUCAUCCGCACAUUAGAUCCUAAACAGAACCAGGGUGCUGCUCCUGAGAUUCAGGCACUGAAAAAUCAGUUGCAGGAGCGGGACAGAAUGCUUCAUUCCCUGGAGAAAGAAUAUGAGAAAACAAAAAGUCAAAGAGAAAUGGAGGAGAAAUUUAUCGUUAGUGCCUGGUACAACAUGGGGAUGACUCUGCAUAAAAAAGCAGCAGAAGACAGACUGGCUAGUACAGGCUCAGGACAGUCCUUCCUGGCUAGACAAAGGCAAGCCACAAGCACAAGGAGAUCUUACCCUGGUCAUGUCCAGCCAGCAACAGCAAGGUAGAGAAGCCUUGCCCUUAGAAAGAAAACUGCCCUGUGAUCCAGGCCACUUCUAUUGCAAGUGACAGCAUUCAAGGAAAAUAAACCAGCAUCCUUUCUCUUUCUCCCUUGUUACUGCUAUUAUUCUGCUGUUCAGGAAAGGGAUUUAUUAUGCUUUCUCAUUGCUCUGUUAUGCCCCUUGCUUAUAUUUUUUGGAGUUCAUUUCUCUCUGCGUUUUCUGAAUGUGCCAAAAUUUUGAAAGCAUCUAGAGGAGUGCUGUAUAAUGACAGUCUUUUUUGUAUGAAGCCUGGUCUCUUACAAAAAAACCUCAUGUGGGCCAUAUGACAAUAUAGAUUUCUCAUCGCAGUUGGUACUUUUGUGCCUGUAAGAGUUGUUAUGCUUUAUAAGACUGUUUUUUUCAAAGGGAAUUUGCUUUUUAUUUCAUCUCCUAUCCUGUUGCUUCAGAAAAAUGCUGAAAUCUCAUUACAGAAAUACAAAGUUGGAUUAUAAUAUUAUUGUGAAAUAUGUUUCAUACUAAAAUCUCACCAAUGCGAAAAAGAAAGAUUGAGGUUUUUUUAAUCUCCUAAGUGCAAAGUUUGCUCUUAUUCUUGGCAGGAUGAUCUUUUUCCAGGUUUUUCUUUAUCAACUGGUGUUACCUCUUUUGCUGGGAGAGAUUAAUAUUUUCAAAUGGUUUAUUCCACUCUUCUUUAUCAAGCGUUUGCUUAAAUACAUAUUCUAAAAAGGUGACGAAGUAUUUAGGAUGGGCUAAUCUGCUAUUCUAUCAUCCAUUUAAAAAGGACAUUUGUUUUAAGAUUUUAUGAUUAUGGAUGAACAAUAAUGGAUCAAGGCCCCAAUUAAUAUUGUUAAUGUAUUCCAGUUGUCAUCCCCCACUAAAAGACUUGCUUUUAAUAUAUUGAUUCAGGGUAUAAUUGUAUCCGUUGCCUUACUAAUGGUACCAGUGCCUUCAGGUGAGUUUAUUGCUGACUUUGUUGGAAACUGGUUGUGAUUUGUUGUACUGCCUUUUUAGUGCAUAGCUGAUUAACUGUUGUAACACCUUCAUGUUGAUCAGUGGAUGGAGGCUCCUCCUAUUUAGGUCCUGUUUCUACAAAGUUGUGCUUUUUUUCCUGACCAAUUCUGUGCAUUCCCUAUCAUUUUUGUCAAAGAAUUGAUAGACACAGAGAACCUGAGUAUUGGCUGGAAGUUCAAUAUUUAUACAUCUUGUUGUGAGUCAGUUUUAAAUUUAGAGACUGGUUUUUAUUUAGAGACUGUUUGGACUCUUAAUGCACAGGCAGUCCAUUUAUAAAUUUAUUCUUUCAUCUGAUCUUAAUGUCCUUCUAAGUGGAGACGUUUCUUUUUGCAUAAAUCCCUUUAGAGAAAAGAUACUAGCAUUUAUCAAUCAUCUGAAUGUCUCUUUUAAUUCAAAACUUGGGUAGAAUGAGCAAUGGAUAACUAAAACAAGCACACCUAGAUUAAAGGCUAAUAAACAGGUGAAUGACAUUUUUAGGUACUGUUGUUUUAUCCUCAAUCUGUUUUAAUCUGGGCUAAGAAAUGCAUUCAGUAUGUGUCUGAAAAAUAUUUCAGUUCCUAUUACACCCCCAUAUGCACCCCACCCCUUCCCUGAAAACAGAUGCUGAAUUCUACUUAAAGUUUUGUAUUUUAUUCCUCACAUUUGGGAAAAAAUGGUUUUCUAAAAAUUUUCUGUACUUAUGCAGUAUAUGACUGUUACAGGCUUGCAAAAAUGAGAUGGGACAUAGCAAGUUUCUUGUGUGCAGAAAGAUAACAAUGCAAAGGAAGUUGUGGAUUAUUUCUGUAGCUCAGUGAGGUGGUAUGCUCAAUCUGCUGUGUCUUACUGAGAUACAAAGUGCUCUGUAUAGAAAGUGCUUUCUGUAAUCACCUAGAUGGUACAGUUGGUGUGCCAUAGCUCCUACGGAUCUCAUUGUGCAAUCAAUUCUAAUGACUUGCAGAACUCCAUACCACAUGCUGUAUGUGAACAGGAGCAAGACCACUCCUCUAAGGGAAUUUGAAGUUCCUGUUUGAGGUUACAACAUUUUAUAUCACCCAGAGCAAGAACCUAAGAAUACCUAAAGCUCCAUUUUAAUUUUAAUCUAGCUAAUUUUUCUGUUACAAAACUGCCAAGGGCUAUUUAUUAAAGAAGGGGAUGGAACCUUAAUGGGAAGUUUUUUCUCGGAUUUAUCUAGUAAUUUAAUUACUUUCUGCUGUUGGGUGCAGAUCUAAAAGAACUUGAACACAAUCAGCACGCUAGAAUAAAAGUAAUUGCUUUGAUUAUGUUAAUAUUUGUUUUACUCUUUUGCCUCCAAAGAUUUGAUCACAGGCUAAUUCCAGUGAGAGUUAGGAGAUGAACAGAUGCUGGUUAGAAACCUUGUCUUAGGCUUUUACUUUUCAGUAUCUCAUAGCUUCUUUUGCUUCUUGGUGGUUGUUGGCUUUUCUUCUGUUUGUGAUUCUGUCUUUCCUUUUCCCUUGAACAUAAGACACUGAAGUGUUUUCUGUAGUUCUCUUCAGAAAUAGAUAGCAUCAUUAUGUAGCAUCAAAGAGCAACAAAACUCAUAUUGCAUCUGAGCUUUAUUGUGGCUCAUAGUAAUUGUUAGGUAAGUGAACAAUUAUUUUAUCUUUGAGAACUUACAAAUGUGUAGAAAUUCUGGUAUUUCCCAGAAUUCGUGCUGAAUAUAGAAACCUAAAAAUGUACUGCACUCUUAUGUCUGGUUCUAGUAAUUCAUUUGUUAUGUCUUCUGUUUAUAAUUAGGAGUUCAAUCCUCUUUUCUUCAGUGCUUUACUUCUUUAGUUUGCUGCAUACAUCCAUUCAUAAUCUUUGUGUGUGGAUGAAUGCAAGUGGUGAACAUCAUUAAACCUUCUCUUUCACAAGAACAGCUUCUUGAUUCAAAGGGUUCAGCUUCAUUAUUUUGCUUGCUUGUUACAUAUCUUUGUAAUCAGCGUGUAUUAAGAAAAAGAAGGAGCUCAGACUGACUCCAGGGAAUAAACAUAUAUACAGGGGAGUUACCAGUGUAUGUUCCCUAUUUGUCUUACCUUGAGUAAUUAAAGUAUAUGAGGAAAAGCCCCAGCCUAUGGAGCAGAAUUCUCUCAGUUCAUUAGAUAGUUCUGAGAAGUUUUUUAGGAAUACCUUUUUCCCCUGAGGCAAGAAUGACUAUUUACAUCAAUAUUGUAGUGGUAAUUACUACACCAGUGCUGUAUUGUCCUGACACACCACAGAAGAAAGACCCUAUAAUUGAGCUUAAAGAGAAAAGAUUCUCCAGAUCAGAGGUAAAACAGCUGAGGAGUUUGUGAGAGUACUUUGCUGGACAUGUGCUGAGGAUCUGCCCAGAAUAAUCUUUCUGACAGAUUUUAAUUAAUGGUAAAUAAAGAUAACAGAUAAAUUCUGGUGGGUUUUUUAGGAUUAAUAUUUUCAUUGUUUAGAGCUGAAGCUUAGUCUCUGACCUAAAAUGAUGAUGGGUUCAGAUAUGCAGUCUACUUCAUGUACUUCUGUGGAGAGUUGAAUUUUUAGCAUAUCCAAUCAGACAUUAGAGAAAAAAAAAUUCAGGUUCCCUCUUUUCUUGAUAGCAACACAUAACCACUUGGAUCAUAACAUGUAUUUUCUAAGUGGUGUGAAAACUGAAGUAAUUUAAUUUAAAGGUUGCGUGUUCCAUCCACAGUGCAAAGAGAGAGAAAUUCCCUGAGAAAAAAAGAGUAGCCAGAUGCUACUCUCCUCUUCUGACUCCAGCCACCUUCUUUUGUCUUUCUAAAGUUCCCAUAAGUAUUCAUAAGUACCAAGUAGUUCAUUUCCUAGCAACUUACUAGGAAAAAAUUCUAUAAGUAAAAGAAAAAAAAAAAUAAAGAAACACAGCCCCCAACAAAAGGUAAAUACGUGUAUGGAAUAUACACAACUUUGUGUAUUCAAAAUUAAAUAAAUAUAUAAUGGCUACAAGAUGCCUUUCAUUCUGUUUGGAAAUAAUCUAAUGGCAAUCUUGUCCUUUUCAAGUGUCACUCAUUUUAUUUCUCUCUUCUGUAAGGAGCACUGGCAUUUUUAUAUGUGUAUGAAAGAAUUAACAGUGAAUAUUCCUAUUACUGCUUUAUUAUGAUAUCAAAUAGUAAAUGGUAUGUGUAACUGUCAAGAAAAUUAAUAUUUUUUUUUCAGUUUUAAAGUCCUUGGUAUUUUGACAUGUGCAAAUGGCUUUUGCUUUUCCUGUGCACUCUAGUAUAUGAGACUAUCUACUUAACAGCUUCCUGAAUGAUUUUGAGUGGGUUUAAUUUUCCUGAUGUGUUGACAUUUUCUGUAGAUUUGGUAGUUGUAAGAUAUUUUAACGUCACCAUUUGAUUUUCUUCAUGUUAAUGAUUUGGAGGAAGACUACCCUGAAUGUGGCUAACUUCCCUUUUUCUUAUGAAGCAAAACAAUAUUUCCAUUUUACUUACUGUAUAGAGAUUUUUUAAUUCUUGCCCAACAUAUUGACUUUUUGCAAGGAUUGAUGAGGGAGGUAUUUUUGCACUCAGUCAGCUAUGCAAUACUGACUUAUGGGGUUUUGCACAUGUGUUUUAGGUAGAAUGUGGACUCUGUUUUGUAGUAAGAUUGUACUGAUAAACUUCAGAUUUAGCAGACAUUUUCCUCAGCUGGCAUUGCAUAAAUAAAUAGCUAAAAGGAGCUAUCAGGAUAUGCUUCCAAGUGGUGAGGGUUUUUGGAGCAAAUACCAUAUUCUAGGUAGGAUUCUAGCCAUGCCUCCAGUUUGUCACUCUUAAGGAAUCAAGAACAUAUCCUGGCAUGGCUGAUUGGAUUGCCUUACUCCUGUGGUUUCCUUCCCUCUAUAAGUCCAGAAAAGUAGCAGAAGUUUGUCAGUGAUCCUGACAGGGAGGAUCAGGAUACAGCAGGCAAUAACUAACAAUAAAGUGUGAUUUCUUCGAUCUGAAUGUGGAGGACACAGAUGCAAUCAACUAGUCAGUACAAAAAUCAGAAGAGCAUUCUUUCAGCAUUUUGCAUUUUGGUUUUCAUUUCAAAAUGAAUGAAGAAGAACCUGAGCUUACUGAGCUAGAAAGAAGAUUUUUGUAUUUCUAAUUAAAUUAAAGUCCUCAUCUGCUGGGGGAUGGUGUUGCUGUCAGCUCCACUAUACUCCAGAUUCUGUCUUCACCUUUGGGCCAUGCCAAGGUAGUGCAGGACUAUCCUGAAGCAUAUUUCUGUAUUAAUUGGCUCUGGUGGCAAAUCAGGAGUUUGCUGCUGUUUGCUGUGUAUAUAAAGUUGUUUGGAAAAUUGCAUAGCCUUCAGUCUCCUUUGCAUAUGGUGUCAUUUCCAGACUGAAAACAGAUUCCAUUUGUCAGAUAAAAAUUUCUUGCAGCUGUCUUGCUGCUAUGGGUGUCAGAGACUGAUGCAUACAACAUGAAAAAUACUGCAAGUAGAGGGAAAUACAGGUCAGUUUGGCAGCCUUUCCUCUCUGGUGCUGACUUUAUUCAUUGCUUUGCAUUAGAGAGGUCCUUUGCAAUCAGAUGAGGUGAUUUCAGAAAGAGAAACGUUGUUUAAUUGUUAAAAAAGCAGACAUCAGUCAGCACUGUGAAGAACUGCUAACUACUGUAGCAUGGCACAAAUCUGAAACACUACAAAAGAAAGUAUUUCCAGUUGGGGUAGAUUACAGUAUAGAGGUAUAGAGUAAUUUAUUCUGGAAAUGGAAAUUGAAUCCCUUAUAAUUAUACAUAACUUGAAAAGAGCUAACAUAAAAGCCCAGUUGUUACUGUUAGCCUGCUCAUGUUGUUAACCUGAUCAUGAAAGUGGAUGGAAUUUUAGGAGAAAAUCCCCAGUGGUGUAGUAUUUAUGGACUUAUAAAAUAGCUGUAAUGAGACCAUCAGACUUUUGAUUUGGAUUUGAAUGUAACAUAAGCUAUAUAAUUUAAAAUAUUGUAAAGAAGAAAUUAUUGUUCACAGCCACAAAAGGUUAGUAAGGUGGAGAAUAAACAUAUUUCCUGGAGGCAUCAGUGGUUUUGAGACAGUUUUUAAAGCUUUAGUUUAGCAGUAUUAGUCAAAUCUUGGAAUAAUUCUAAGCAUUACAUCAUAAGGCCACAAUUUUUAAAAUUUAUAAUCUGCUUUGUAUUCUCUUUGUCACUCCUUAGACACAUUGUCUGUUGCAUAAUCUGUCUCUAAGAUGCUGCAGAUACAGUGACAGGUUAUGCUCAGUGAAUUUACCCUCUCAUCUUGCAUUUCUGUUUUCUUGCAUUUUCUGUUCUCUUUUAUGUGUUGCUACCUCAGCAGGUGGCUUUAAAAUAGAGAAAUUGGCAGACAACUAUUUUUAGAACAUGAAAAGAAUUACUAGCCAGGAAGGGGCACUAACAGAUGAUUUCUUACAUCCUUGAAAGUUAAUACAGUGUCCUGAGUUUACAAGACCUCUCAAAAAUACUAUUGAUUCAAAGAGAAGCCUGAAGUGUCACUUCUGUGUAUGUGCAACAAACACUUGAAGGACACUUGAAGUGCUACAAAAUAGUAAGUUUGAGCUAAAUAAUAGCCAGAUGAAACUAAAGGACUAGAUUAUAUUCAUUUAUACACAAUAGAAUAGGUACAUGCUUAUAUAGCUUGAACUUUUUAUUUUUUAUAAAACAACUGCAGCGAUCUUCAUAUUAAUCCUGAACUGUGUAACUUUAUGCACCAAGCAGUGCCAAGCAAGCUUAAAAGACAAUGAUUGCUCAAAAUACACCACCCUCAAGGUCUUUGAAUGUGUUGAAUGUGUUAGAUUUUUUUAUUCCAUUUGAUAAUGUGUCUCUGUGUUUCUAUUUGUUUUUCUAUUAUGAUUAGUCUUCUAGGUGGAUGAAUGAGAAGGAAAAAAAGAGGGAUACACAAGCUACAGGACUUGUAGCAUAAAUACUCUUUUUUAUCUAUUUAACCUGGAUUUUCCCAUCACAAGAAGCAUUCUUAGAAUCAUUUUUGACCAGUGCAAUAAAAAAGGGAGAAGGAAGUGGGGAAACAGGCUCUAAUUUCAGUCUGGUGAAGCCAAUUUGCUCUUUGCAAUAUGAAAACAAAGAUGCCAAUUCAGUGCUGUGCCAGUGCUGUGGAGGGACACGUGUGUUGCCUGGGGAAAGCAGGUGUGUCAGUAAAGCAUUCCAUUGCCAGGAAAAAGGGUGCAUCAGUGAGGAUGGAGAGCUGUGCCAACCUCUCCGAUUCUCCUCCAAACUUAGACUCCCUUCCACAGCAUCAUGGAGUGCUCUCUUGACUGCCCGGUGACUGACUCAGAUUACUGUAACAAGAACAUUCUUUUCUGGCAAUUCAAACCUGUAUUUGCAUGCAAGGGGUAGAACUUGCCAGUGCAGCGGGGCAGUGAUGCUGAGCCUUGUGCACAGAAUGAGCUCUGAUAGAAUAUAAAUGCCUUCAGUGUCCCUCAGAGCUCAAGACAUUUAUGUGACUCUUGAUUGUCUUUUAGCCUGUAAACACAUGCAGAAUUGGGUGGGCACCUUUCACUUUAUCUUGUUUUAAAAGUUGUACUCACAGACAGCAGGAAUGCCUGAGACUUACUCAUUGCUGUGUAAACUUACUUUCCAUAGCUUUAUUAGUUUAGAAUGGUGCCCUGAAGAAUUUUACUUAGAAGUGUGUAAAGUUCAGUUACAGCUAAACUUAGAUAUUGAACAAGGCUAUUCGGUUGCUUUUCCAAUUAUUGGCCUGUAACCUUCCUGUUAAUUUGAACAGUUGCUUGACUAAGGUAUUUCCCCAUGAAUUUGCACAACUCUUAAGUAGAGGUGGCCUAACUAAACUGCUUUUAAAAGACCUGUUCUGUUCUCUGUUUUGGUUUUUUUUUUGUUUGUUUUUUUGGUUUUUUUCAACAGUAAUAUGUUAUCUGCUUUUUAACUUUCUUCUUUAUCUUUUAUUUGCAGUGAUGUGGUUGCAUGACCUGCAGCAUUAUUAUAACAGGGACUGUUCAGUGCAUGACUUGCUUUUCUGUCCAGACUGCAUAACCAAAACUUAACCAGUUCUACACUUAAGACUCAUGGCCAUCUGAUUUCAAAGGGGGAUCUACUUGCAGAGAAGCUUACCACCCUGGGGAGUGGCUUUCCCAUUUCCCACUUCCACUUACUCUUUCUCUUCACAAAAAGUCUCCUAUGAGGCUAGAAGAGAGGAAAUCCUGUAUUCACAACUCAACAGGAGGCGUUCUGCAAAGUGACAGAGCAGUGUCAGCUCUCCAUCUUACUUCCACCUGUCCACUUAUUUAAUUCUGAUUAACAGUAUUAACACACAGACUUCCUGCAACAUUUUCAUAUACCGAACUAUAAAAAUCUAGUCUUAAUGAGUUCCUAAAAAGGCCUUUUGGUUACUGUUAAAAUUUCAAAGCACCUGCACCCUUAAAGGAUCCACUUGGAAUCUUUAAACAAAUAAAGUAAAGCGAAGGAGGUGUUUUACCAGGAGAAAUGACUAACGAGUUGCUGCUUGGCGAUCCCAUCUUCCUUAGAAAACCAAGCAAGUUUCAUCUGAUAAUCUCCGAGCCAGGCAAACUACCGGGUGGUAUUUUGUUCACAGGCACUGCCUGCUUCCUUAAUAUGUAUAUACACAGUAGUUUGUGGCUGUUGUAUUUUUCUCUCUACAUUUGAGCUGUGUUGUUGGUUUCUUUCAGAAACUUUUUUUUCCAAUCUGUAUACAAUUGUUAAAAACAAUCUGAGGAAAGACCAUGAAUGGAGAUAAGUAUGAAAGUCACCUACACACCAGUAUUAUGCAGACUGUCCUUGCCAGUUUAUAAUUUGGAUCGUUUAUCUUUCACCUGUACUGUUUUUUUCCUUUCUUUUUUUCUUUCUCUUGUCACAGUCUUAGCUAUUUAAUUUCCAAUUGCACUAGCUUGGCUGUUUCUUUGUAUUUUAAAGUUUAGAUAUAAGAUUUGCCAUAUGUAGACAGUGUAACUCAAAAUGCUUUGUACUGCCUAUAUUAAUUUAAAAAGCUGCUUAUUUAAUAUUCCUAAAUAUCUGCACAUUUGUACUACUGUAUCUUUGUUUUGUAUUGGACAUCCAGUACUGGCAAGAUUCAGAAGACAAGGGAGUGCUGUAGUGUUGUAAGUUAAGAGGUUUAUUGUAUAGGAGUUAGUACAUAACAAACAGGGAAAGGGGCUUUCAAGCCAUAGGAUUUGCUGGAAAAACUGAGAAGUCUGAAUGCUGAGUACCUCAGGUGGUUUGAUUAAAUCCAGUUACAGAGAAACCCCAUUCUUGCUCACCUGGAUCUUAAUCCUGGCAGAAACAUUGAUACGAACUGUGCUGCCUCCAAGAAUAGUUUUACUUGUUUGGGCAGUGGAAGAACCCCCAGCCUUGUUUGCUGUGGGGGCACCCCCGCUGAAGAAGUGUGCCCACUUGUCUCUGCAGUCUCUUCUGGUCACACACAGUGCCUGCCUCGUCCCUGGCCUGCCAGGUGGGCUUUGACAGAGCCACCCCUCAGGCGCAGAGGUGCCCGAUGGUGUCCAGUCCUCAGGGAUCCUGAUCCCGCAGUGUCCGUGGCCUUGUGCACAGGGACGUGGAGCAGGGAUGGACGUGUGCCCUGCCGGGGGUGGGCAGGCAGGAGUGCGCUUCAAGCAGGCAGCAGAGUGAAGGACAAAAGUAGGAUCCCAGUGAGAGCUGUGGUGUUUCCCUUCUGGACACUCUAUCAGGUACUGUAGCUACCAGGUGCUCUGGCUGACAGCUGUCCGUAAAGGCUUCAGAUGGGGAUAUAUGUUUUUCCUGGUCCACCAGGGCCAGGGACAGUGAAGUCUUACGUGGCCUGCAGCCAGGAUCUUGGGUUUGGUGAUAAUGAGUCCAGUACUUGUGCAGCAGAGGCAGCUGCAUCUCAUCAGACUGAGUCCAGCAGAGAGCUGAAGGAUUUGUGUCUUUCCAGAUCCUAGACAUUGAUCCCUUGUUAUGUGUCAGGGCAAGCAUUACUAGUAAAACUUCUUUUAGUCGGGUGUUAAAGGCAUGGUAUGUUUUUCAUUUGCUUGUGCUGCUUCGGCUGGGACCACACCCUGCCCAAGCCAGGCUGGGUGCAGGAUCCCUGAGCUCAGGGCACUGUGCUGGGCAGGAGGGGAUUGCUUUUUUUGUGCACCUGCCUCCACAGCUGUCCCAAAGCGAUGCCAAGCAGUACCUCAUUUCUCCAAGUGGUCUGUGCAGAUUAGAGACUAAGUAUCAGUUGUUCUUGAACCUUGAUGACAUUUAUAUGUAAGUGUGUUUAGCUUGACAAAAGUUGUUUGAGUUUACUAAUGCAACAGAGAGAUGCCAGGUGGAGCCAGUCAAGGAGCUGGCUACUUUAACUACAUUAGCCUGGCAUCUCUGUCAUGAAGUGGUUGUGAGCUCUCAACUCAGAGCUGAUCUCCAGCAUGUCUCUGAUAUACUAACUUCAUUUGUGCUGCAUAGAAAACUCUCUUACCUUCUUAAUAGCAGCUUGUUUGACAGUCCUGAAUUAAAUGUUGAUCAAUUAUCAAAGUAAUAACUGUUUGUGAAGUUGCCAGUGAUAUAUUUUCUGUAAAAGAAUUCUUAGAGUGUCAAAACAUUAAUUUCCCAUUUCAGUUCAUCUACAAAUUGUGUAACUACCAGAUUGUUAUGGUAGCAAUAUUAAUAUACAUACCUGUAUAUAGACGAAAAAAACCUCAUUAAUGAUAAUUGGAAUCAAAAAGUUUAAUAUUUUUUCCCAGUCAAAUACACUAAUGCUUCCAAGGCGAUAGAAGAGUGUACAGUUGUUAAACAAGUUGUAAAUAAACGCUUAUAUAAAAUGUAAA